GUGCAACAACUCACUGGGCAAAAUAUCAAUUUAUACUUGUUGCCUCUGUCUGUUUUGCCUAGGCAGAGAGAUUUAGGAGAGAGAAAGACUGAUAAUUAGAUUAUUCAUCAUAUAAUGGUACUUCCUUCUAAGAAGUUCAGAGGCGUCAGGCAACGCCAGUGGGGCUCUUGGGUUUCAGAGAUCCGCCAUCCUUUAUUGAAGAAGAGGGUGUGGCUAGGGACAUUCGAGACGGCCGAGGAAGCCGCUAGAGCGUAUGAUCAGGCAGCCAUACUAAUGAAUGGUCAAAAUGCGAAGACGAAUUUCCCAAGAGACAAGAACAAUUCAUCAAGUAAUGGUUCAAAGAGUAACACAAAUAAUGACCAAGAUAAAAUUCCACCAUUCAACUCAGCAUUAUCAGAAAUACUUAGUGCUAAGCUUAAGAAGUAUUGCAAGGAUCCUUCUCCUUCACUCACUUGUCUUCGACUCGACACCGAUAAUUCUCACAUUGGUGUGUGGCAAAAGAGGGCCGGAAGUUGUUCGAGUUCGAGUUGGGUCAUGAGAGUUGAACUUGGUAAAGCCGCCUCAUCAAAGGAAAACAAUACUACUACUACUAAUAAUAAUACAAGUAUGUUGCUUGAUAAUAAUGAUGGUUCUCCUAUAUCUUCUUCUUCGAAUUCGUCGAAUUCUACCUCGUCUUCGGUUUUAGAGGCAGGAGGUGAUGAUAAUAUGACUGAAGAAGAUAAGGCUGCAUUGCAAAUGAUAGAAGAGCUACUCAAUUGGAACCCUCCUACUUCUUACUUGAACUAACCAUGAUUAUUAUAAGUACGAUUAGUAUAAAACUAUGGAUUAUUAGCGGCAUAGUUUUAGCUUCUAUAUAAUCAUAUCACAUAGAAAUAUAUAUAGGAUUAUUGGUUAUAAUGUCUUAAAAUAGUAAUGGGUUGGGUUAUACGAAGUGUCAUACCAAGUAUAAUGUAAUUUGACAAUGAAUUAUUACUCAAUUUUAACCCGGAAAAUAAUGGGUGCAAAUGAGUAACAAUUAGUGAUAUGAAAUAUGUACAUAUAUCAUAUAUGGUCCUAUGAAUUUCAAAUGACUAUUAUUGUAUUUAAUUUUCGUCUAUAUAUAUUUAAUUUUGCAUGUGAA